AAUCAAAAUGCCGCCACCAGUCUUCUCCUCGAAACCGCCGGCGCGCCGCCGCAGUAACCAUUUCCGAUGCCUCUCCACGUCCCUUCGCACCACCCUGUCCACUGGCGGAGCCUCUACUUCCUCCCGAGGCUUUAAACCUUCGCUUCCAUGGACUUCUCCCGUUCGUUUUGAUCCACCGUCGCUCGUCGAACAUCGGGAACCGAACGAUAGCCUUCGAGACCAUCGGUAGCCUGAACGGAAAACGGAGAGAGGGAGUUUACUUCUUCUGGAGCAUCUCGAGUCGAUGGAUUCCUCGAACGAUUCGCGUUUCAAGGUGAUCAAGGGCGACGCCGGUUACGUGCUCGAAGACGUGCCUCAUCUGUCCGAUUACAUCGCCGGCAUUUCGACAUAUCCCAAUCCAUUACAGUCCCACCCUGCAUAUUCAGUGGUCAAGCAAUACUUUGUGAACGUGGAUGCCAGUGUUGCUCAAACUGUUGUUGUUCACAAGAGCAGUCAAAGAGGGAUUCAUUUUCGACGUGCAGGACCUCGCCAAAGGGUGUACUUUGAAUCAGAUGAAGUACGUGCAUGUAUUGUGACAUGCGGGGGACUUUGCCCGGGGGUGAACACAGUGAUCAGGGAACUUGUGUGUGGCCUGUACCACAUGUAUGGUGUCAGCAAAGUGCUGGGAAUAGAGGGAGGGUACAAAGGUUUCUAUUCUAGAGAUUUCAUUGAUUUAUCACCCAAAGUUGUCAACAACAUACAUAAACGUGGAGGCACCAUCCUGGGGACGUCACGAGGCGGCUAUGAUAACAAAAAGAUAGUCGAUAGCAUUCAGGAUCGUGGUAUUAAUCAGGUUUAUAUCAUUGGAGGCGAUGGAGCUCAAAAGGGAGCGGAAUUAGUUUGUGAGGAAGUGAGACGCCGUGGCCUCAAAGUAGCUGUUGCUGGGAUCCCCAAAACCAUAGACAAUGACAUCCUGGUCAUUGACAAAUCUUUUGGAUUUGAUACUACUGUUGAGGAGGCUCAGCGUGCGAUUAAAGCUGCUCAUGUUGAAGCUGAAAGUUUUUGUAAUGGUAUCGGAGUGGUGAAAUUAAUAGGACGUCACAGUGGUUUUAUUGCUAUGUAUGCUACGCUAGCCAGCAGAGAUGUGGAUUGUUGCCUCAUUCCAGAGUCACCAUUUUUUCUUGAGGGAAAAGGUGGCCUUUUGGAAUAUAUUAAGAAAAGGCUUAAAGAAAAUGGACACAUGGUUAUUGUGAUAGCUGAAGGAGCAGCAGAGGGCUUAAUCCCGCAGAACCAGAAGACCAGAAAUCAGCUAGAGGGUUUAGAAAGCAAGGAAUUUGGUUUAUGGAUAUCUCAGAGAAUAAAGGAUCAUUUUGCGACUGAGGACAUGAUGCCUAUUAACCUGAAAUUCAUAGAUCCUACCUACAUGAUCCGGGCUGUUCCAAGCAAUGCAUCUGACAAUAAUUACUGCACACUUUUAGCCCACAGUGCAAUUCAUGGAGCGAUGGCCGGAUAUUCGGGCUUCACUGUCGGACCGGUCAAUGCGAGACAUGCCUACAUUCCUUUCCAUCGCGUGACCGCGGGGCGGAAGAAGGUUGUCGUGACCGACAGGAUGUGGGCGAGACUUCUCUCUUCAACCAACCAGCCCAGCUUCUUGGGCUCCUCCAGAGAUGUUGAAGCCAAUAACGAGGAAGAGCCAUCGACGCCGUCGCUGGAUGGAGAGAACUCCAAAGAUAAAACCGGCACUAAUGGCGUUGCUGCCGUUCUGUAACCCAUACAUGGAAAGAUGGCUUCUCCUUUGCCUCCUGCAACUAUUUGCUGUGCAUCGUAUGUUGAAGUUAUCUAUGUCUUGUUCAUAUGACUUAUAUGUGUCGUCCACCCUCAUAAUCACACAGUUUGUAAAUUGUAUUUCUAAUCUGGGAUGGGAUAUGGAGAAGGAAUAACUAGUGCUUUUGCUCUUGUCGUUGCCAGCUAUAAUUUGCCGGGACUCGGUACAUUUUGUUCGUCUGCAAUGUAUAUUUGAAGCCUCUUGCUUGAUGUUUGCGAGGGCUUGAUCCUCAUCAAUGGAAAUAGUGCUUUUGUUUAUAAAA